AUGCCUUCACGAUUAUUGUUAUCGCAGUCGCAAGUAUCAGUCGUAGUUUCGUCCACCGUCGUCGUCGUCUUCACCCUGCUGCUCUUCCUGGCCGGCUACUCGAUACAGCAACGCGAAGUCCAAGGCUUGAAGAUCGCCAUACAACCACGAAUACCGAAGGCACCGCAAUCCUUGGCGACCUCGGAAGAUACGACGCAACAGCAUUUUGAACCAUCGAGGCUGUUUGGGAAGAGAGAUGGGCGCAUAGCAUACACCGACUUCGACCGACAUGUCCACUCCAGCGGCGCUGGCGCCAACAUCAAUUGGCAGAGGCUGGCACAUGUCCAGCUUGUGCGGAGACACCACGAUGUGUGUAGUGCAAUCAUGGUCUUGGCGGAGCUACAUCGCAUGAGAUCGCCUGCAAAGAGGGUAUUGCUCUUUCCAAAAGCAUGGGCGGAAGAGAAGAAAGCUGGGAAGGGAGACAUCUCUGAUCCGUACUUGGAUAGCACGAGACGGUUGAUGAAGCUGGCGGCGAGGAGGUACCACGUCAAUCUACAACCUAUAGAUCCUAUUCGAACGAGCGACGACGGCGACACAUACUCGCUGGCAAGCGCAUACGCAUUGACGCAUGACUUCGACCGCCUGCUCACGAUUGAGACGCCUGGACUGUUGCUUGAUGCAGAGCCAUUGGAUGCAAUUCUUGGGUUCAGCGAGAAAGCUCCCUUCGUCAUGCUGCACGACACAAACACCAAAGACGGCGUCCACUCUGAAGACCUCUUCCUCCUCGAGCCAUCGAAGAGCCGACAUGCCGAGCUCACGAAGCGUUUGGUCACACCAGAAAUGUCCCAGUACAACGACACACACCUCUCCACACUUCUCACGGAAGCGAUACUCCUCGCGUCAAGCAAUGAAGACACUGCGCUGAUCCGGUCCGUCGGCGCCCUACACGACGUUGGACCGGACUUUAAUAAGACAUCGUUCAUGUCAGAUGUGGCCUACAUACGCUUCUCGGACCCUAAGCUUCCUGGGCCUGAGUAUGAAGUGCCGUGGGCGGACAAGGUCGCCGCGAGGCCAAAGAACAAAGAUGCAGACUGGGCUUGGACGAGUCUGUAUGGAGACUUUGCACAGAAGAGAAUGGAGAUCUGCGGGCUGGACCUAGAAACUUGGAGAAAGUAUUGA